GUUUCCUGCCAGCUAAUUUAAGGCACAAGUCAUACUGAAAACCAGAACCCUUUCUCAACACACGUAGAUCAAGAUCAGACGUCUUCAGUGGCUGGCCUUGCUGCUCUCUGCACCAUGAGAAAUCGGUAUCUAGGUUUGCUGCCAGGACUCUUGGUGCUGCUGCUGUUGCCACUGGGACCCGCAGCCCAGAACUCUACAGCCUGUGCUCGGUGGUGCCCUCCGAACUCCUCAUGUGUCAACGGUACCUCCUGUCGCUGCCUUCCGGGAUUCAGUUCUUCAUCUGGUUCAGAGAUCUUCACCAGCCUCUUGGAGAGUUGUGAUGACAUCAAUGAGUGCAGACCACCCUUGACAGUGUCUUGUGGACAAUCGGCAGACUGCAAGAACACAGAAGGGGGCUACUACUGCACGUGCAUCCCAGGAUACGCGCUUGUUUCUGGGGCACCAACAUUCAGGAAUGAGAGCGAGAACAUGUGUCAAGACGUGGACGAAUGUCAGUGGAAACCCCGAAUCUGUAAAGGCCGCAGCAUCUGCAUCAACACCGAGGGCAACUACACCUGCCAGUGCCCGCCCGGCUUGGAGCUCAACCCAGAGGGCCCGGAGCCGUGCAAAGAUGUGAAUGAAUGUGCUUUGGGAAGAAACCCAUGCCACAACUCCACCCACUGCCUCAACUACGUGGGCAGUUAUGAGUGCCGCUGCCGCCCCGGCUGGAAGCCGCUUCCCGGGUCCCCCAACGGCCCAAACAACACCAUCUGCGAAGAUGUGGACGAGUGCAGCUCCGGGCAGCAUCGGUGCCACAGCUCCACCGUCUGCAGCAACACGGUGGGUUCAUACACGUGCCGCUGCCGCCGAGGCUGGUUGCCCAAACCCGGAUUCCAGGAUAAGCGAGUGACCACCGUCUGUGAAGAGAUCUUCGCCACCUGGACCGCACCCCCUGGCAUCAAGAGCCAGAGGCUCUCCCACUUCUUUAAAAGACUUCAGGAUCUGAGUGAAAACUUCAGUCCAGCCUCUGUGCAGAACAGUAUUCAGGACCUCAUCCAGGAGGUGGGUGAUCUGCUGGAGACCCCUAGGGAUCUAGAAACCCUACCCCGAUCAGAGCAGCACUUUGUGGCCACUAACCUACUCUUUGGCCUGGAGGAUGUCCUGAGAGGGCUGAGCAAAGCCCUGCCCAAUGGGCCACUGACCUUCAGUUCACCUACAGGUCCAGCACUGUCCCUGGAGGUGCAGGACCAAGGAGACAGGAAUAUCACCUUGAUUCAGAAUCAGACAAAGAUGAUGCUGACCUGGGAUACAGUGCACGAAUCUGGUGACUCAGGUCCUGUGGUGGUGGGACUUAUCUCCACUCCAGGGAUGGGCAAGUUGCUGGCUGAGGCCCCCCUCGUCCUGGAUACAGAGAAACAGGCAGUUCUGCAUGAGGCACACAAGGAUUUGCUGCAGGAAAUCCACCCCAUCCUGUUGUCAGAUGUCAUCUCCGCCUUUAUCAGCAACAAGAACACCCAGAACCUCAGCUCCCCAGUCACCUUUGUCUUCCAACAUUCAGUGAUCCCUGGGCCAAGGCAGGAAGUGUUCUGUGUCUUCUGGGAGCAUGGCCAGAAUGGAAAUGGUCAUUGGGCCACCAAAGGCUGCAGGACGGUGGGCACCAGAGACAAUAGCACCACCUGCCAAUGCACCCACCUCAGUGCCUUUGCCGUCCUCAUGGUCCACUACGAAGUGCAGGAGGAGGAUCCUGCGCUGGCUGUGAUCACCUACGUGGGGCUGGGCCUCUCUCUGCUGUGCCUCCUCCUGGUGGCCCUCACCUUCCUGCUGUGCAAAGCCAUCCAGAACACCAGCACCUCGCUCCACCUGCAGCUCUCGAUCUGCCUCUUCCUGGCCCACCUGCUCUUCCUCACAGCCAUUGACCGAACUCAGGUCAAGGUGCUGUGCGCCAUCGUAGCCGGUGCCUUACACUACCUCUACCUGGCCGCCUUCACCUGGAUGCUGCUGGAGGGCCUGCACCUCUUCCUCACUGCACGCAACCUGACGGUGGUCAACUACUCCAGUGUGAACAGGUUCAUGAAGUGGCUGAUGUUCCCUGUGGGCUACGGAGUCCCGGCUGUGAUUGUGGCCAUUUCUGCAGCAACCAGGCCAAAUCUUUACGGAACACCCACCCGCUGCUGGCUCCACUCAGAAAAGGGAUUUAAAUGGGGUUUCCUUGGACCAGUCUGUGCCAUCUUCUCUGUCAAUUUAGCUCUCUUUCUGAUGACUCUCUGGAUUUUGAAAAGCAAACUCUCUUCCCUCAACAGUGAUAUGUCCACCCUCCAGAACACAAGGAUGCUGACAUUUAAAGCAACAGCUCAGCUCUUCAUCUUGGGCUGCACGUGGUGUCUGGGAAUCCUGCAGGUGGGACCAGCUGCCCAUGUCAUGGCCUACCUCUUCACCAUCAUCAACAGCCUGCAGGGCGUCUUCAUCUUCCUGGUGUACUGCCUCCUCAGCCAGCAGGUCCGGGAGCAAUGGAGGAAGUGGUUUAAAGGGAGCAAGAAAACCAAAGCUGAGUCUGAGAAAUACAUGCUAUCCAGUGGGGACAUGUCUGAUGCCUGCAGACGCAGUGGGGAAAUCUGAAGUGUUAUUCUUUGCGCUAUUAAGCGAGAAAAAAGACUUUGUCACGUGUUUUUCAAGAAAUUCAUCAUGUGAGCAAUGUGAGUGAUGUCAUGGUGGACAUGUUUGCUACUCAAUUCCUGCAAAACCUGGACUUCUUCUGUGCCCCACAGUGUGCUCAGAAAACUUUCAACGUAUCAGAGGCCAGCUGUGGUUCAAUUCUUCUACCAUGUUGGGUAAAGCCCUUUGCUGAAGCCUCUCCUUCUUGCAAAGACUCUUCCAGAUGCUGAAACUCUAUGAGCAGGAAAACCAGCUUCAAGGGAUUUUCGUAUGAAAAACAUCCAACAGCAUGAGGGUGCUCACAUCAUAGUCUGGAUUUUUAAAUUUCUUUAUUCUGUUUUCUAUGGGUUUAAUUAUUUGCUCACUCAAAAAUAUUGAUUACUCACCAUGUCCAAGGCAGAGAUCAAGAGAGACACAGGUUCUAUCUUCAUGGAGCUUUCAGGGAGAAAAACUGUAGAUUCCAGUCUGGGUCUGAAGGCAGAGGUGAAAUAUGAGAAACUGGAAUGUGUUGUUGUAAAAGAAGGCAAUGAAGUAUGGAAAGGGGCAAGGAUUUGGGGGAGGAAUUGUGAUAGCUUUGAUAUGGAGUAGAGUGUUUGGGGGAGACAGAGGAAUGCUUGAGGGGCUGGUUACCUAGUAGGGAUCAAGGGGCCAGGUGAGGGGCUGAGAGGCUGCUGCUGGAAUGGGGAUAUGAGAGAGUGUGGAGAGAAUGGGCAAGGUUGGGCAGAUAUGUGGGACCAGGGAGGGAAAUAGGAGAUGGGCAUUUGGAUGGAGUCAGAGUGUUCUCAGUGCUCUUUGGCAGCUGAGGACAGGGGCGAUCCUGGGAUUGGUGGAAAUAAGUGGACCAGGGAGAUUAGAAUGGGAGAUAAAAUGGGGCAAUGAGGGGAUGGGCAAGAGAAUUUUGGAUAGGCUGGGUGACUGCAGACUUAGGCAGGAUUAGGAAGGUAAAAUUAAGAAAAUAGGGUGAUGGCUUCAGGACAGAGUAGGGAGGGUGUGGAGAAAGGGACUGAGAAGUAGUGAGAAGUGGGAAAAACUUGGAGGACCCAGGUGAAGGGACCAGUCUUAGAAGCUCUUCCAAGAAAAGAGAAGGAAAAGGAGCACUGUGCCCACUGCUCUUGUCUCUGCUCCCUCAUUCAUGGGCGGGUGUGCCAUAAAAUGUCUUUGCGCAACCACUGCUUGUUUCAUACAAUAUUGAUUCCUUAUUCAGAGGAAACACUGGGUGGUUUUCUGAUUUUGAAGGAAAUGCAGGGAAAAUGCAGAAUAUUUGAAAACACCUGGAAAAACUAAAUGCAAGGAAUCACACACUGAAAAAAAUCUUGGUUAACUUGAUGUGCAUUUUUCUCUUUGUCUCUCUCUCUCUCCCAUUUUGGGGACGUUUUUGUCAUCCACAUUCAGAUGUGUACACUUGACACUUAUCCAUUGGGGUACAUUUGAUUUUCAUCCGUUCCUUGUUGUUCUGAAUCCAAAGAGUAUGGCUUGGAGCUGGCCCAAGAGGCUUCCACUAAUGACAACUACCGCUGCCUGAGAACUAACCACUGGGAGUGUGAAACCCUUUGAAUUAAGUAAAUGUUCUCCAGUUUCAGGCACUCCUCUGACAGUAUCAUGAGCAAUAUAUGAUGUCUGUUGUCACAUUUAUGUUUAACUUGACUCUCAGCUUCUUCCUCUUCGUCGUCUUCUUCGUCAUCUUCUUCUUCCUCUUCUUCUUCUUUUGUCUUUCUUCUUCUACUUCUCCUUCCCCUUCCUCCUCCUCCUCCUCCCCUUCCUCCUCCCCUUCCUCCUCCUCCUCCUCCUCCUCCUCUUCUUCUUCUUCUUCUUCUUCUUCUUCUUCUUCUUCUUCUUCUUCUUCUUCUUCUUCUUCUUCUUCUUCUCCUUCUCCUUCUCCUUCUCCUUCUCCUUCUCCUUCUCCUUCUCCUUCUCCUUCUCCUUCUUCUUCUUCUUCUUCUUCUUCUUCUUCUUCUUCUUCUUCUUCUUCUUCUUCUUCUUCUUCUUCUUCUUCUUCUUCUUCUUCUUCUCCUUCUCCUUCUUCUUCUCCUCCUUCUCCUUCUUCUUCCUCUUCUCCUUCUUCUUCCUCUUCUCCUCCUCCUCCUCUUCCUUCUUUUUUACUUAGCACUGCCAAUAUCUCAAGGAUUGUAUUUUGGAAAGAAUUUUUAAAAUUGUGCUAAUUUUAUUCAUCAUACUGUCUUCAAUUAUUACUGAGGUCCAUUUAUUGUGCAAUUGCCAAUUCAGAUUUCUCUUUCACCAGAUUUCUGGCUCCACAGGAGUAAGAACUUUGUCCAUUUUACCUCCCCAUUGGAUAUCUCAUGUGAAGUACAUAGCAUAGUGCCUGACUCACGAUAAGAGCUCAAUCAUUAUUUAUUAAAUGACCAAGUAGAUUAUUUCAUACAUUAAACAACUCUAUGAGCAAAGUACUCUUUUUAUACCCAUUUGAGAGAUCAAGAAAAUGAGACUUAAGGACAUGAACUUAAUUUGCCCAUGGUCAUAUAGCUAGUAAGUAUCUGAGCCAAGAUGUGUUCCCAGUUGUAGAUACACUUAAAGACCAAUGCUCAAAAAAUGCUACUAUACUGAAAUAAUGCCUGAAAGGGGGUUGGUGAGAGAUGAACUUGGAAGGUCUGCUUGGAGUGGUAUUUGGAAGGAAUCUGAAUAUGCUGGGAAAAAGAGAAGGAGUUUGGACUUUAUGCCACCUGCCUUACAAAGUGAUCUGAAGCUCUAAGACGAGAAAGUGACAUCACUCACCCACAAAAAUAUUUGUACUUUGGAGGAUUAUUGUUUUUGUGGAGCAAGAUUUGAGUAAAAUAAAGCCUAGAAAAUAUUAUUUUCUUGUUCUUAAAACCCAGAGAUGAAGCCAUCCUUUAUGGGUGAGAAUCAUAAAAGUCAGGAUAUGAGUAUCAGUAGUCAUAGGCAAAAGUAAUUAUCCACAUUCAUGGGUCUCUUUAUUUCUUUCUAGUAAAUUAAUGACUUAGUGUUUUUAUUUUUAAUUGCACAAGAAAUAUAUAACUUUUUUCUUGUAAAUCAUUUAACAUCUAUAGAAAUCUAGCUUCUUCUCACAUCCCAUUUCUGAGCCAACUCUCAUUCACAGACACACACACCAAGUCACUCUUUGUAUAGGUAUCUGCUGUCUGUAAUUUUAUAUCUAUCCUUCUAGUCAUUAUAUAUAUGUACAUAUAUAUCCAUGCAUGAUACAGCAAUGGGUUCAUAUUAUGUAUAUAAUUUGGAGUUUAUCUGUCACAUAACUUAUACACAACUGUGGAUAUUCCCUAGCAGGACUGUACCAUGUUCACUUCCUAUUAGUGAACAUUUGGGUUGCCUCCUAACUGUAAACAUUUUGAUAUAGAAGUUGCAUAUUUGACAUUUUGCUGGACAUUUGAGUCAGUUGUACAUUUUCUGGAUGUGGCUCUUGUAAUGGAAGAGAAUGAGGUCUGUUCUCUGAGAUCAUUCACGUUCUGUGCCAGCAGUUAGGGAACCAUCUGACAGGAAGUAUUUUCAGCUUUGUAAGCUAUACAGUCUUGGUCACAAUGACUCAGCUCUGUGGUUGUCGCAAGGAAGCAGCCAUAGACAAAACAUCAGUGGGUGGGCAUGGCUGUGUGCCAAUAAAAUUUAAAGAUGAUUAAAAGAAA